AUGGGCAUCUUGGACAAGAAGCCGAACGCUGAUGCGACGAGGGCCGCCCAGGAGGAGGCGCCCGAGUUCGAGCAUGUCGACUGGAAGAGAGAUCCUGGCCUCCGGAAGCUUGCCUUCUACGCCUUUAUUUUGUGUAUUGCCUCUGCCACCACCGGUUACGAUGGCAUGUUCUUCAACAGCGUCCAGAACUUCGACUCGUGGCAGAGCUACUUCGGCUACCCGAAGGGUUCCGAUCUCGGUCUUCUCGGCGCCCUCUACCAGAUUGGUAGCUUGGCCUCCAUCCCUAUCGUUCCUAUCAUGGCCGACAACCUCGGUCGCAAGAUCCCCAUCGCGGUCGGUUGCGUUAUCAUGAUCAUCGGUGCAGCCAUCCAGGCUGCUUCCCAGAACUACGGUGCCUUCUGUGGAGGGCGUGUUAUGCUUGGCUUCGGCAACUCCCUGGCCCAGAUCUGCUCGCCCAUGCUUCUCACCGAGAUCGCUCACCCUCAGCAUCGUGCCCGUUUGACCACGGUCUACAACUGCCUGUGGAACGUCGGUGCCCUGAUCGUCGCCUGGGUUGCCUUCGGCACGAAUUUCCUCUACAAUGAAUGGUCUUGGCGCAUUCCAGCCCUCCUCCAGGGUGUCCCGUCGGUCAUCCAGCUGGCCGGCAUCUUCUGGGUCCCCGAGUCGCCUCGUUACCACAUGGCCAAGGACAAGCACGACCUGGCCCUUAAGACCCUCGCCAAGUACCACGCCAACGGCGACAUCAACAACGCCACCGUCCAAUUCGAGUUCCGCGAGAUCAAGGAGACCAUUCGUCUCGAGAUGGAGGCUGGCAAGAGCAGCUACUUGGAUUUCUUCCGCACCAAGGGCAACCGCUACCGCUUUGCCGUCCUCGUUUCGCUCGGUCUCUUCUCUCAGUGGUCUGGCAACGCCAUCAUUUCCAACUACUCUAACACUCUGUACAUCACGGCCGGUGUCGCGGACUCGACCGCGAGGCUUGGUCUCAGCGCUGGCCAAACGGGCAUGUCCCUGAUUAUCUCCCUCACCAUGGCUUCGCUCGUCGACAAGAUUGGGCGUCGCCCCAUGUUCCUUGCUGCCACUGGCGGCAUGUUUGGCACCUUCAUCUUCUGGACCCUCACCUCAGGCCUCUACGAGGAGCAGGGCGCCUCAGGCGCCGGCAACGCCAUGAUCUUCUUCAUCUGGCUGUUCCAGGUCUUCUACUCCCUCGCCUGGUCCGGUCUGCUUGUCGGCUACUCCAUUGAGAUUCUCCCAUACAAGCUGCGUGCCAAGGGCUUGAUGGUGAUGAACCUGACGGUUCAAUGCGCUCUUACCCUCAACACCUAUGCCAACCCUCUCGCUUUUGAGCACUUCAAGGGCCACGCCUGGAAGCUCUACCUCAUCUACACCUGCUGGAUUUUCCUCGAGCUCUGCUUCGUGUACUUCAUGUACAUCGAGACCAAGGGCCCCACUCUCGAGGAGCUUGCCAAGGUCAUCGACGGCGACGAGGCUGCGGUUGCCCACAUCGACAUCCGCCAGGUCGAGAAAGAGACCCACAUCAACGAGGAGAAGGUCGCUUAA